AUGGGUUCUUACGGUAAGGGCUUCCUGGCGCUGUUUGCUUACCAUCGGCCUGACUUGCUCCCUUGGAACACGGUGGCGGAGCUGGACUCGUCGUCAGAUGCUGCCUGCCUUCGUCGCAUUGAUCUGGCGUUCAAGACUGGCGAGCAGAUCGGUGUCGAGGCUAUGAUGGAUGCCGAGGAUGUGUACGUGUGCCAGGACUCCAAGUGCAUCAUGCUGUACCUCGCCAUGGCCUUUCGCUUCUUCAAGGCCAACCCAGGAAACCCGACGCCGGUCAACCCGCUGCCGCCGAGCGCGUAUGCACCGCCAUCGGCUGCCAAGACGCCGGCUCCAUCGGCAGCUUCCAAGGUCGUUGUCAGGAAGGGCGGUCCGCGUGGAGCGGCGCUCGCGCCACGGGCAAAAGCCGCGGACGCAUGUAUCGCUUGCGGCAAAAAGGUGUUCAAGAUGGACAAAAAGGUGAAUCUCAAGCAUCCACCGCGCCUCUACCACAAGCCGUGCUUCAAGUGCGCCGACUGCAACAAGAUGCUCGACGAGCGCACGUACAAGGUCCACGCUGCCUCGGACACCAUUGUCUGUGCCCGCCACCUGCGCGCCCGUGAGCGCGAGAACAAGGCUGCGCCGGCAGCUAGCGCGACUCCUGCUCCCGCAGUUGCACCCAUACCUGCACCAGCACCCGCGCCAGCACUUACGCCCGUCACGCCGGAGCCCAAGCGAGAGUGCGCCGAGUGCCGCAUCAAGCUCACCAACCUCACUGCGUACGUGCUCGACGGACGCGACCUCUGUGGGCGGCACCAUCGCCAGGCCAUGGCCCAGCCAAGUCGGGUGGCCAAGCCCGAGCCGGUAGCCGAGUCGACUACCCGCGCCGAUGUCUGUCCGGCGUGCUCGCGCAAGAUCUACGUUCUCGACGCCAAAGCCACCAUCGAGGGCCGCGAGUUCCACAAGGCAUGCAUGGUGUGCGCAAAGUGCUCACGGGCACUUACUCAGAUCUCAGCUCGCCUCUCUCCAGCCGGCGCGCUGCUCUGCAGUCGCGACUACCGCUCGGCGCUGAAGGCUGAGUCCGAAUCAGCGUCGCAGCCGGCGCCUGCUGUUGCUACUGAUCCCAAGCCCGCGCCUCCUGCCAAGCCCAAGUCUGAGCCCGAGCCCGAGCCCGAGCCCGAGCCCGAGCCCGAACCCGAACCCGAGCCCGAGCCCCCUGCGCCGACUGAAGUCGAGGUCGGCACUUGUCCGGCCUGCAACGCCACCAUUGUCACCACCGACUCACAGAUUACCUUUGAGGACGGCUUGUAUCACAAGGCGUGCCUGGCUUGUGCGGGCUGUGGCAAGGCCCUGAGCGCUGCUAUGGCUCGUGUCCACAGCGGCGUGAUUCUGUGCGGGCGCGACUAUCGCGCCGCACUCAAGACUGAUCGCAGCCAAGCCAAGCCCGACCCCAAGCCUGAACCCGUGGUCGAGCGGGUGGCCGAGGCUGUAGUCGAGCGGGUGGCUGAGCCGGCAACUACUGCCGCCGUUCUCGGCACCUGCACCGCCUGCGCCAAGGAGGUGACAAGCGACGACAAGAAGAUCAAGUUCAAAGGCAGGCUCUUCCACAAGACCUGCUUUGUGUGCAGUGCCGAUGGGUGCGGUACCAAGCUCAAGAAGGCUGUUGCACAUCUGGUUGGCAACGCGGUGCGCUGUGCCAAGCACAAGGACGCUGGCGCAAGUGCUGGCAAUGGGGCUGCCGCCGUUCUCGGCACCUGUACCGCCUGCGCCAAGGAGGUGACAAGCGACGACAAGAAGAUCAAGUUCAAAGGCAGGCUCUUUCACAAGACCUGCUUUGUGUGCAGUGCCGAUGGGUGCGGUACCAAGCUCAAGAAGGCUGUUGCACAUCUGGUUGGCUACGCGGUGCGCUGUGCCAAGCACAAGGACGCUGGCGCAAGUGCUGGCAAUGGGGCUGCCGCCGUUCUCGGCACCUGUACCGCCUGCGCCAAGGAGGUGACAAGCGACGACAAGAAGAUCAAGUUCAAAGGCAGGCUCUUCCACAAGACCUGCUUUGUGUGCAGUGCCGAUGGGUGCGGUACCAAGCUCAAGAAGGCUGUUGCACAUCUGGUUGGCAACGCGGUGCGCUGUGCCAAGCACAAGGACGCUGGCGCAAGUGCUGGCAAUGGGGCUGCCGCCGUUCUCGGCACCUGUACCGCCUGCGCCAAGGAGGUGACAAGCGACGACAAGAAGAUCAAGUUCAAAGGCAGGCUCUUCCACAAGACCUGCUUUGUGUGCAGUGCCGAUGGGUGCGGCACCAAGCUCAAGAAGGCUGUUGCGCAUCUGGUCGGCAACGCGGUGCGCUGCGCCAACCAUGUCUCGGACCCUGAGCCGGCCAUCGCAGUGCCCGCUCCCACCGCCACCCCGGACGUUGUCGAGCCGGCUAUCGCAGAGCCCGCUCCUACCGCCACCCCGGACGUUGUCGAGCCGGCUAUCGCAGAGCCCGCUCCUACCGCCACCCCGGACGUUGUCGAGCCGGCCAUCGCAGAGCCCGCUCCUACCGCCACCCCAGACCCCACCGAUCCCGCCAUCCCGGACCCUCAACCAGACACCACAGCAGAUGCGCCCAAGACCCGCAAGUGGAAACGCGGGUCGGGUGCGUUCGGGUCCAAUCCCGCUCUCCAGCGUCUCAAGCAGCGCCAAGAGGCCGCGCGCAAGAUGCGCGAGGCGCAGGCAGCAGAGGCAGCCAAAGCCGAGGCUGCGCCGACAGCAGAUGUCGCCGGCGACGCCGAUAGUGACGCUGCGGUUGACCAAGAACCCGAGGCCUCGCCCAGCGCUACAGCAGUCGCCGACAAGGCAUCGGCCGACGCGGCGACGCCGACUCGCAAUCGCUCUACCUCGAUCCGCUGGUCGCUCACGCCGCCCAGCAUUCACGAGUACGUCCGCGGUGAGUCGUACACUUGCUCCGACGACGACACAGAGAGCGAGUACGAGUCGACUUAUGAGUAUGACGAGGAGAUCGAACUCCCGACAUCGCUGCCCGAGGCGCUGGUCGAGCUCGAAGAGACCAAGGCCCGUGUUGAUGCCGCCAAGACCGCCGGCGAGCCCGUUGAGGAGCUGAUGGACCUUCUGCUCGACCUCAAGCAGCGAGUCCGCUUCCUUGAGAAGGAGGCUGAGGCCGAGGCCGAGGCCGAGGCUGAGACAGCCGAUGCUACCGACGUACUCGGCUCCGCAACGCCUACCAACGCCGGCACCAAAGCGCCUGCCCUUGACUCCCCCGCCACCACAGACGACGCACCCAAGACCCGCAAGUGGCGCCAGGGCGCCUCCGCGUUUAGCACCAACCCGGCCCUGAAGCGGCUCCAACAGCGUCGUGAGCUGUUCCGCAAACAGGCUGAAGAGAAGCGUAAGCAGCAGGAUGCUACCGAGCCCACCACCGCCGCCGCUACCGCACCCACCGACAACGCAGAGUCCGCUCCCGAGACCGCUUCCUCGGUCGACGACGAGCGUGAAGCCCGGAUCGCCGCCGCCCGCGCCGAGGCUGAAGCCGAGAUUGCCGCCCGCAAGGCCGUCGCAAGCGCCGCUGCCAACGGCGACCGCAUCGCGCUCGAGCCCAACAAGGCAGACCCCUCGGUCUGCGCCGCAUGCUCAAAGGGCAUCUACGCCAAUGACCCCACGAUCAAGCUCGCCAAGGACGAGUACACCCUUCACAAGAUGUGCUGCGUCUGCUCGACUUGUGGCGCCCAGCGGAUGCUGGCUACAGCAGAGGUGGGCUUUGACGUCAACGCGCUGGUGGCACUCGCCUGGCGACCGGCGGUGAAGCAGCGGACAUGGAAGGCAUCGGGCGUGCACUGUGUGUGCGAGCACGGCCAUCUGGAGCUGCUGAAGCAAAUAUGCGAGGACUUGCCGAGCCAUACCGAAGCGGUUGAUGUCGAUCGUGGUGACUCGUUCGGCUUCACCCCGCUCUGCCUCGCCGCCUACUACGGCCGCUUCGACGUCGUCCGCUACCUGGUCGCCCACGCCGGCGCCGAUGUGGAGCGGACGACCAAGAAGGGCUUCACUGCCCUCCUCUUUGCCGCUCAGGAAGGUCACUUUCGCAUCGUCCGCUAUCUCAUUGCAGACGCUGGCGCCAACGUUGCCGUCCGCGCCAUCGAGGGCCAGACCCUCAUCUACAUCGCCGCCAUGAAGGGCCACCUGACCAUCGUCAAGUUCCUUAUGGACGCCGUGGGCCCAGCCGUGCUGGACAUUGCUGUCGGCGAGAAGAACGGGUUCACCGCCCUCCAUGUCGCCGCCCAGCAGGGUCAGCUCCACGUCCUCCGCUACCUCCUCGAUCGCGUGCCGGAGCUCCUCAACGUCAACGUCCAGUCGUCGUUUGGCUCAACUCCGGUCUACCUCGCCGCCAAAAAGGGCAAGCUGCUGGUGGUGCGCUACCUCGUUGAGCACACCGACGCCGACCUGACCAUUGCCACUGACAAGGGCUUCAUUGCCAUCCACAUCGCAGCUCAGGAGGGCCACCUCGCCGUGGUGCGUUACCUCGUCGACGAGGCAGGCAUCUCGGUCGACGCCCUCGCACAGCAAGGACAAACACCGGCAUACCUCGCCGCCUUUUACGGCCGGCUUGACGUCCUGCGAUUUGUCGUCUCGCGCGGCGCCCUACUUGACCUCCGUGAGCGCUCGGGCUACUCGGCCCUACAUGUGGCGGCGUACGAGGGCCAAUUGGACGUUGUCAAGUUCCUGGUCGAGGCCGCCGGCGUCUCGCCGAACAUCCUCACCUCCAACGGACAGUCGCCGUUGUACAUCGCCUGCAAGAAGGGCCGGGUCGCUGAGGCCGGCUUCCUGCUCACACACCCGGACAUCGACGUCGAGCUCGCCCAGCGGCAGGGCUUCAACCCGCUGCUCAUUGCCGCCCAGGAAGGUCACCUCGAACUGGUUGGCAUGCUCGUAGCCGCAGGCGCCGCCCUCGACGCCACCACGCUCGACGGCCAGACCGCUCUCUACAUCGCCUGCAAGGACGAUCGGGCCGAUAUGGUCAAGCUGCUGCUCCACGAGCACCACAUCCGCUCUGUCCCCGCUCGGCUCAGUCCCGCCCGGUCGAUUGCCCGCAAGAAGAGCGCGUCGACCGCGGCCGCCAUCCUUGACUGGUACAUCGCCAUCCAGACCCUGACCACCGGCUGGCGGCCCGAGUGGUUCUUGUGGCUCCCGCAGCCGGUCCGUGCCGCCGUCCGCUCGGUGAUGCUUGUCAUCGAGACUCGCCCGACCUCGGCGUUGUACAUGCUCCGCGGCCACGACGAUGCCAUCCACACCUUGCUCUCGUGGCUGGUCACUCCCGGGGGCUGGGGCGUCUACAACGUGGCUCUCGCCGAAGAGACGGUGCUGUUUGGCGACGGACCCGACUCCACCUUCUCGGCCCCUACCGACGCGUCCACCGCCAUCGUGCCCGACGACGCCUGCGUCCAGCCCAACGCCAGCACGUGAACCAGGUCAUGUUCAGAGGCUUAGAUCAACCAUGGAAUGACUCGAUGCGGGACCCGGAGCUCGUAUGCCCUGUACAUGGCUGC